GUGAAACUCACACAGUCACUGUGACUGAAACCAGAAAUGGAGCAGAAUCAGCUCGACCGAGAAACGUUCUCCUGUUUGAUCUGUCUGGAUCUACUGAAGGAUCCGGUGACUACAUCCUGUGGACACAGCUACUGUAUGAACUGUAUUAAAACCCACUGGGAUGAAGAGGAUCGCAAGAGGAUCCACAGCUGCCCUCAGUGCAGGGAGACAUUCAUACCGAGGCCUGUGCUAAAGAAGAACACCAUGCUAGCAGCUUUAGUGGAGCAGCUGAAGAAGACUGGACUCCAAGCUGCUCCUGCUGACCACUUCUUUGCUGGACAUGAAGAUGUGGCCUGUGAUUCCUGUACUGGAAGAAAACUGAAAGCCAUCAAGUCCUGUUUAUUCUGUCUGGCCUCUUUCUGUGAGAAACACCUUCAGCCUCAUUAUGAUUCAGCUGCUUUUAAGAAACACAAGCUGGUGGAGCCGUCCAAGAACCUCCAGGAGAACAUCUGCUCUAAGCAUGAUGAGGUGAUGAAGAUGUUCUGCCGCACUGAUCAGAAGUGCGUCUGUUAUCUCUGCACCAUGGAUGAACAUAAAGACCACAACACAGUCUCAGCUGCAGUAGAAAGGACUGAGAGACAGGGAGAGCUGGAGGAGAGACGAGGAAACAUCCAGCAGAGAAUCCAGGACAGAGAGGAAGAUGUGAAGCUGCUUCAACAGGAGGUGGAGGCCAUCAAUCGCUCUGCUGAUAAAACAGUGGAGGACAGUAAGAAGAUCUUCACUGAGCUGAUCCGUCUCCUACAGAAAAGAAGCUCUGAUGUGAAGCAGCAGAUCAGAUCCCAGCAGAAAGCUGAAGUGAGUCGAGUCAAAGAUUUUCAAGAGAAGCUGGAGCAGGAGGUCACUGAGCUGAAGAGGAAAGACGCUGAGCUGGAGCAGCUCUCACACACAGAGGAUCACACCCAGUUUCUCCUCAACUACCCCUCACUGCCAGCACUCAGUGAGUCUACACACUCAUCCAGGAUCAACAUCCGUCCUCUGAGACACUUUGAGGACGUGACAGCAGCUGUGUCAGAGCUCAGAGACAAACUACAGGACGUCCUGAGAGACUCAUGGACAAACAUGUCACUGAUGGUCACUGAGGUGGAUGAUUUACAACCAGAACUAGAACCAAAGAGCAGAGCUGGAUUCCUAAAAUACUCAUGUAAAAUCACUCUGGAUCUAAAUACAGCAAACAAACGACUGGUACUAUCAGAGGGGAACAGGAAGGUGACACGGAUGAAGAAACGUCAGUCUUAUUCUAGUCAUCCAGACAGAUUCACUAAUAGGGUUCAGGUUCUAAGUAGAGAGAGUCUGACUGGACGUUGUUACUGGGAGGUGGAGUGGAGUGGGGAUAAGGUUCGUGUAGCAGUCGCAUACAAGAAUAUCAGCAGAGGAGAAAAUAUGAAGGAAUGUUUUUUAGGAUGUAAUGACAAAUCCUGGACAUUGUUUUGUUCCCAAAACAGUUUUAAAUUUGGUCACAAGGAUAUCUGGACCCCCAUCUCAGGUCCAGUUUCCUCCAGAAUCGGAGUGUACCUGGAUCACAGAGCAGGUAUUCUGUCCUUCUACAGCGUCUCUGAAACCAUGACUCUCCUCCACAGAGUCCAGACCACAUUCACUGAACCGCUACUGGCUGGAGUUUGGGUUGGUUGCACUGAUGACUCUGCAGAGUUCUGGAAAUCUAGAUAGAUUUUCACUUUGCUUAUUGAUCAAGGUUCAUUGUUCUUGUUCUAAUGUUUCUCUGCUCUGCUGUUCUGUUCUUCAUUUUUUUGGUUUAAAUGUAGAUCUCUCUGUUCCAGAAGCCACAAAGGAAAUCACUGCAGAUGUUUUCUAUCAUUAUUAAGUGACAUAAAUAUUUCUCCACAUGAAAAUCUGAAAUUCUUUGUUUUCUAAUAGUUUUUGCUUUAAUAUUUAUAUUGAUGUAUUUGGAUGUUCUGGCUUAUUUUCCUUUGUUCUGCAGAACAAAUAUUCUUGCUUAAAUCAGUUGAUACUGAAAUUAACUGAACUUCAUUUCCUCUGUUUAGUGUUAUAAAUAGAGGAAAACUGCAAACAACAUCAACUUAAAACUGAUGCUGUUUUCUUCCAUCAAUGAAUGAUGUGCUGUAACGUUUUCCAGCUGAACAGAAACAAAACUGAAGUUAUCUUUGAAUCAAAAGAGGAACGAUCUAGAGUCAUCGCACA